AUGCUUGGUGCAUGUUGGCCAAGAGAGAGGAGAGAUGAGAAUGAAGACAUUGAAGAUGAUUCUGAUAAUGAUACUAGUUUGGAUACUGCUGGAGACAAUAAUAAUACUAAUAAUGAUAAAAAUCAAUGGAAUGCUCAAGCCAGCUUCUCUGCAGAAAGUGAGUUUGAAUUAGGAGAAAACAAUAAUGAUGAAUGGAAAGCUGAGUCUGUACAAAAAUGGAAGACCAAACACAAAAUUAAGAGAGGCUAUCUUCUCAACAAUGAUGAUAUAAUUGCUACUAAUCAUGAGGUUGACAAUGAUUACCUAUUGGCAGAAGCUCGACAACCUUUAUGGAGAAAAAUCCCAGUAUCAUCAAGCUUAAUCAGUCCAUACCGUAUAGUCAUCGUUCUUCGAAUCAUUAUUCUCUUCUUCUUCCUCCAAUUUCGAGUUUCGACUCCGGUUCGAGACGCAUUUCCCUUGUGGUUGAUUUCAGUGAUGUGUGAGAUUUGGUUGGCCUUAUCUUGGAUUAUCGAUCAACUUCCAAAAUGGAACCCUAUCACUCGUGAAACCUAUUUAGAUAGACUUUGUAUUAGGUUUGAGCCCAAUAAUAAUAAUCUCUCCCCUAUUGAUGUCUUCAUCACUUCAUUUGAUCAUCUUUUCAAUGAGCAUGAUGAUCCCAUUGUUAUGGCAAACACACUUCUUUCGAUCUUGGCUACAGAUUACCCCAUUGAUAAGCUUUGUGUUUAUGUAUCGGAUGAUGGUGCUUCUAAGUUGUUUUUCGAUUCGAUUGUGGAGACUGCUGAGUUUGCUAAAAGAUGGGUUCCAUUUUGUAAGAAGCAUAGUGUUGAGCCAAGAGCUCCUCAGUUUUAUUUCUCUGAGAAAGUUGAUUAUUUGAGAGAUAAGGUUCACCCUAGUUUUGUAAAGGAAAGAAGGGCAAUGAAGAGAGAAUAUGAGGAGUUCAAAGUUAGGAUUAAUGGUUUAGUGGCCAAAGCUAUUAAUAAAGAAGAAGAUGGUUGUCCAUGGCCUGGGAACAAUACUCAUGAUCAUCCCGGAAUGAUUCAGGUUAUGUUGGGUAGUGGUGGUGGUGUUGAUGUUGAAGGUAAUGAACUACCGCGUCUUGUGUAUAUCUCGCCGGAGAAACGUCCCCGUUAUCACCAUCAUAACAAAGCUGGUGCCAUGAAUGCUCUGGUUCGAGUUUCUGGUGUGCUUACAAAUGCACCAUUUAUCUUGACUCUGGAUUGUGGUCACUACUUGAACAACAGCAAGACCAUGAAGGAAGCUAUGUGCUUUCUAAUGGAUCCUCAUUUGGGAAAAAAGCUUGGAUAUGUUCAAUUUCCUCAAAGAUUUGAUGGUUUUGAUCAUCAUGAUAGAUAUGCCAAUAGAAACACAGUGUUCUUUGAUAUCAACAUGAAAGGUCUUGAUGGGAUCCAAGGACCAAUGUAUGUCGGAACUGGAUGUGUCUUCAAUAGGCAAGCUUUGUACGGCUAUGAUCCAGUAGUAUCUGAAAAAGGGUCAAAGAUAACAUGUGAGAUUGAAGAAGGGAGUGAAGGUUAUGAAGAUGAGUUGGGAAACAAGUUUACUUUUGAAGAGAUUGAAGAAGGGUUAGAGGGUUAUGACAAGUUAGAUAAAUUAUUGUUGUGGUCACAGCAGAAUUUAGAGAAACAAUUUGGACAAUCACCUGUUUUUAUUGCUUCUACUCUUAUGGAAAGUGGUGGUCUUCCCAAAGGGACAAAUAGUAUAACACUCAUUAAGGAGGCUAUCCAUGUUCUUAGUUGUGGCUAUGAGGAAAAAACUGAGUGGGGAAAAGAGAUUGGAUGGAUUUAUGGUUCAGUGAGUGAAGACAUUCUAACAGGGUUCAAGAUUCAUUGUAGAGGAUGGAAAUCAGUGUAUUGCAUGCCAAAGAGGCCAGCUUUCAAGGGAUCAUCUCCUAUAAAUCUAUCAGAUCGGUUACACCAAGUUUUCCAAAGGGCUCUUGGAUCAGUUGAAAUCUUUCUUAGUGGUCAUUGUCCAUUGUGGUAUGGUUGGGGAGGAAAACUCAAAUUGCUUCAGAGAAUUGCUUACACAAACACCAUUGUCUACCCUUGGACAUCAAUUCCUUUACUUGUCUAUUGCACCAUUCCUGCUAUUUGCCUUCUAACCGGAAAAUUCAUCAUCCCAACGCUUAGUAGUAUUGCAAGCAUAUGGCUCUUGGCUCUUUUGCUCUCCACCAUUGCCACUAGCAUUCUCGAGCUUCGAUGGAGUGGCGUUAGCAUCGACGACUGGUGGCGCAACGAGCAAUUUUGGGUCAUUAGCGGUGUCUCUGCACAUCUUUUUGCAGUCUUCCGAGGCCUUCUCAAAGUCAUGGCUGGAAUUAACACCAAUUUUACAAUGACAACAAAAGCAACAAACAAUGCUGAAUUUGGGGAGCUCUACCUCUUCAAAUGGACUACUCUACUAAUCCCACCAACAACCCUUAUAAUAAUAAACAUGGUGGGAAUUGUAGCUGGAGUUUCUGAUGCUGUUAACAAUGGCUAUGCUUCAUGGGGUCCUAUGUUAUGUAAACUAUUUUUCGCCUUUUGGGUCAUUCUCCAUCUCUACCCCUUCCUUAAAGGUUUAAUGGGAAGACAAAACAGGACUCCUACUAUUGUUGUGCUUUGGUCAAUUCUUUUGGCUUCAAUCUUCUCAAUGAUUUGGGUUCGAAUUGAUCCUUUUUUGCCUAAACAAACUGGACCAGUACUCAAACAAUGUGGGGUGGAAUGCUAGACUUUUCUCUUCAAUGAAUAAUUUGUGUAGUGUUUUACAAUAUAGUACCAUAUGGGACAUUGUGAACCAAAUAGGUGGAAGUGAAAGUGUAUGCAAUUAUGAUUUUCUUGAGUUUUAAGAAUCAAUAGGAAUCUACUUUCAUCAAA